AUGUGCGACUGUUUUCACCUCGCCUUCCCCAACUGGCACGGCUCGCCAGGCACGGCGCGCUGGGUGUGUCUGCUGCUGUUUGCCGCGUACGGGGAGGGACCGGCUGAGGAGAAGGGCGUAGUCAGGGAAAAGUUCUGCUGCUGGGCUGGGAGAAGGCUGAAAGGACCGGAGCCAGAGGAUGACUCAGUUUGUGAAGACCCACCAGAAUUUAUUGAAGGAGAAAGACCACGUCCUCAGGGAUCCUCCCCAGUAAAUGAAUACCCAGCGACUGAGAAGUACACAGACCUCGACAAAGAGAGAGAAGAAGAGGCAGAUGAUCCGUACCUGAAGAGUGGUGGCAAAAAAGGAAAGAAAGUUGGGUUUGGGUCUUUCUUUGAAAAGCGGCCAAAAAUGAGUCAGGAAGAGUGUCCUGAGUCAGGUGUGAUCGUAAAAACAGCGAAGGAAGUUUGUGCCGAGGGCCUGGUUGUGACUGGAGGGGCACAGGAGGGAAUCUUUGUUAAAGAAGUGAAGGCAGAGUCAGCAGCUGCAAAACAUCUCAGCGCACACGAGGGUGACCAAAUACUGAGUGCAACAGUGUACUUUGACAAUGUAUCCUAUGAAGAUGCCCUUCAGAUCCUAGAGCAUGCCCAGCCUUACAAAAUGGACCUCUGUCUGAAACGCAAACCUCCAGCAGUAUCUGACCUUGAAAGCUCCACAGCUGAAAGACAGGAAGUUGCCCCUGGGGAAGAAGGAGGCCCGUUGGAAAGAGGACGCACUAAAACACAGAGACGACAAGAUGCCCGGAUCUCAUGGCCAAAAUUCCCAUCCUUUACCAGGGGGCGCAAGGCACAUUUCAAGAGGUCUCACAGUACAUCGGAGGCAGAGGAGCAGAGGAAGUUGGAAAUGAGUCCAACAACCAGUGACACAGAGUCACCCAUGAAGUCUCUGGAGCCUGGCAAGGACAAAAAAACAAAGAAACAGAAGCUAAAGCUGUCAAAACUGAAAAUGAAGGGUGUAAAGAGUAAAUCAGUUGAACAACAGGACAAGGAUUCCACAGUACCUGUUUCAAGAAGUUUGGAAAAUGUGCAGCCACAACAGACAGAACAUGUAUUGGACACACAUUCUCCACCACCACAAGAAAGUAUUUUAGGGGAAACACCUCAACUAAUUGAGAUGGAUCAGCAAGAGAAGAAAGAAACCACUAAGACUCGAAAUGAAUAUCAUUUUCCAGAUAUUUCAGGCUCUUUUAUUGAAACCAGUCAGCACAGGACUGAGCUUAUCAGUUUAGACAAGACACUGAAAACAACAGACAUUUCAGACUUUCUUGCUGGAAGUUUAUCAACAAAGAAGUCCCCAGAUAAGAAAAAGAAGAAGAAAGAGAGAUCAGAAUUGAAGAUGAAUAUGCAGGGUAAAGAAAAGGAAGACUCAACUCCUGAAGGCCUCUUGAAAUCUCCUCAGGCUUUGAUUCUAAAGACUUCCUCUGACAGCCUAAAGACACCAGACAUGGGAGCCAGAACGCAGGAUCUAUCAAGGACCAUUGUUAAAGGAUUUGAACUAGAAGGACAGGAAAGUAAAUUCAAGUUGCCCAAGUUUGGAAUUUCAUUACCAAAAGUGAAAGGACCUGCAGUGGAUAUUAGUGUUUCAAAGUCAGAUGUUGACAUCAAAUUACCAGAGCUACCUGAUGUGGCAGUGGAAGGACCAUCAGUAGAAGGGAAUAUUGACAUACCCGUAGUGGAUGUUAAAGAAGCAGAUUUAACAGUAUCAGGAGAAAUGCCUGCAGUAGAUAUCAAAGACUAUAAUGUGGAUUUAGAAGGUCCUGAUGUAGACAUUGACAUAAAAGGUAAAGGCGCUGGGCUAGAAGGACAAGGAGGAAGAUUCAAGCUACCUAAAUUUGGAAUUUCAUUUCCUAAAGCAAAGGGACCUGCAGUGGACAUUAGAGAUCUAAAUUUGCCAUCAGUGGAUAUUGCUUUAACUAAACCAAAUGCUGACAUCACUGUUCCAGAUAUCAGUGCAGAUGUAACCUCAGCUGAUGUGAAACUCCCAGGAGCAGACUUAACAGUAUCAGGAGAAAUACAUGCAGUAGAUAUCAAAGAUUACAAUGUGGAUGUCGAAGGUCCUGAUGUAGAUAUUGACAUGAAAGGAGGAAGUGUGGAAGUCAAAGAGCCCGGGAUAGACAUUAAGGCUCCAGAUAUAGAUGAUAAAGAAGAUUCCAACAUCAAGGGAUCUCCCAGCAAAUUCAAAGUUCCCACAUUCAAAUUGCCUAAAUUUGGGAUUACUGGCCCAAAGGUUAAGGCAGAAGCUCCUGACCUGAGUGUUAACAUUACUGUGCCUGAGACUGAAACUCCAUCAGAUAUGUCCUACGAAAUCCCAAAAGCAGAAUAUAAGAUAUCUGUGCCAGGCACAGAUGUUGUUCUUCAAGAUGUUAAAGUUGAUCUUAAAGGAUCAUCGCUUGAUGGGCAAGCUGAAAUUCCAGAUAUUGAGGCAGGGGCAGGUGAGCAUGGAAGAUUCAAGAUGCCUCAUAUUAAGUUGCCUUCAUUUGGAUUUUCCAAACCUGAAAUAACGGCUCCCAAAAUUUCUGGAAAUUUACCAUCAGUGGAUAUUGCUGUUACAAAACCAAAUGUUGACAUCAAUGUUCAGGAUGUAAGUGCAGAUGUACCCUCAGCUGGCAUGAAACUCCCAGAAGCAGAUGUAGCAGUAUCAGGAGAAAUGCCUGCAGUGGAUAUCAAAGACUACAAUGUGGAUGUCGAAGGUCCUGAUGUAAACAUUGACAUGAAAGGUAAAGGCACUGAGCUAGAUGGACAAGGAAUAAAAUUCAAGCUACCUAAAUUUGGAAUUUCAUUCCCUAAAGCAAAGGGACCUGCUGUGGAUAUUAGUGUGUCAAAGCCAGAUGUUGAUAUCUCACUGCCAGAGGUGACAGCUGAAGCAAAAUUGCCUGGUGUUGAAGUUGAGGGGCCAUCAGUGGAAGGGACAGUCGAUAUACCAGAGGUGGAUUCUAAAGAAGUGGACUUGAAAAUGAAGAAGCCAAGGAUAUCUUUCCCCAAGUUUGGAUUUUCAAAACCAGAUGUUAAGGUACCUGAGAUUGAUGUCAAUCUCCCAAAGGGAGAAGUGUCCCUUACAGAAGGAAGUGUGGAGGUGAAAGGACCAGAGGUGGACAUUAAGGCUCCUGAUACUGAAAUUGAAAUAAAAGAUAAAGAUAUGGAAAUUGUUGGCUCACCCACAAAAUUCAAACUGCCCACAAUUAAGUUCCCCAAAUUUGGAAUUUCAGCUCCAAAGAUUACAACAGAAAGUUCUGAUAUCAAAACAGGCAUAAAAUUACCUGAAAUGGAGACAUCUGAGAAAGUGAAUGUGGAUAUUGAAGCACCCAGGGUUGACAUUGAUGUUUCCCUCCCAAAAGUUAAAGGCUCUAUUAAGACCCCUGACAUUGAUAUAAACCUUCCAGAAGUAGAUAUGUCUCUACCAGAAUCUAAAGUAGAUGGUAAAGGAUCAGGAGUAGCCAUUAAAACUCAGGAUACAGAAGCCAAUGUUGACGUUAACAUUGGGGGAUCUCCCAGCAAAUUCAAACUGCCCACUUUUAAAUUGCCCAAGUUUGGUUCAAAAGUCAAAGCUGAAAUUCCAGAAGUAAGUGCUGAAUCAACAGAACCUAAGAAAGAAUCCUUGUCAGGCAAGGUAGAAGUUAAGCAUGCUGGACAAGGCAUAGACAUUGAAAAGCCUGGGGGUAAAUUUGAAUUGCCAAAAGUGAAGAUGCCAGAUAUCAGCUUUUCACUACCAAAAGCUAAAGGAAUAGAAAUUCACCAGGAAGUUCCAAAAGCAGAAUCUAAUAUAUCUGUGCCAGAAACAGACACUGUUCUUCAAGAGACAAAAUUAGAACUUAAAGGAAUGCAUAUUGAUGGACAAGCUGAAAUUCCAAGUAUUGAGGCAGGAGCAGGAGAACAGGGAAAGUUCAAAAUGCCUCAUAUUAAAAUUCCUUCUUUUGGAUUUUCCAGACCCGAAAUUACAGGUCCUAACAUUUCAGGAGAUGUACAUUUACCAUCAGUGGAUAUUGCUGUAACAAAACCAAAUGCCGACAUCACUGUUCCAGAUAUCAGUGCAGAUGUUACCUCAGCUGAUGUGAAACUCCCAGAAGCAGACUUGGCAAUAUCAGGAGAAAUACCUGCAGGAGAUAUCAAACACUACAAUGUGGAUGUCAAAGGUCCUGACGUAGACAUCGACAUGAAAGGCAAAGGCACUGAGCUAGAUGGACAAGGAAGUAAAUUCAAGCUACCUAAAUUUGGAAUUUCGUUCACAAAAACAAAGGGGCCUGCAGCUGAUAUUAAUGUGUCAAAGCCAGACAUUGAUGUCUCACUGCCUGAGGUAACAGUAGAAACCAAAUUACCUGGUGUUGAAAUUGAGGGACCAUCAGUAGAAGGAACAUUACAUGUACCAGAAGUGGAUUCCAAAGGAGUUGGUGUGAAAGGAGAAGGAGAACUGGAUGUAAAAGUAAAGAAAUCAAAGAUAUCUUUUCCCAAGUUUGGAUUUUCAAAACCAGAAGGCAAGGCACCUGAGCCUGAGGUCAUUCUGCCAAAAGGAGAGAUCUCCCUCACAGAAGGAAGUGUGGAGGUAAAAGGGCCAGAGGUGGACAUUAAAGCUCCAGAAACUCAAAUAGAAAUAAAAGAUAAAGACAUGGACAUUAUUGGCUCACCUACAAAAUUCAAACUACCCACAAUCAAGUUCCCUAAAUUUGGGAUUUCAGCUCCAAAGAUCACGGCAGAACCAUCUAAUGCCGAAAUUGACAUCACAGUGCCUGAACUGGAGACAUCAGGGCAAUUAAAGGUGGAUGUUGGAGCACCAAGUUUUGACAUUGAAAAGUCAAGUGUAGAUCUAGAUAAAACAAAAGGUAAAAAUGAAAUGUUGAAAAUGGAGAUGCCAGGCAUUGAUGUAUCCCUUCCAAAGGUUGAAGGCAUGGGGAGUGCUAGUGUAGAUGUUGAUAGUCCAUCAUUCAAUGCUGAUAUGAAAGGAGCUGAACCAGAAGGACAAGGAAGUAGAUUUAAGCUCCCAAAAUUUGGAAUUUCAUUUCAAAAAGCAAAAGGACCUGGAGCGGAUAUUAGUGCAUCCAAGCCAGAGGUUGACAUCUCAUCUCCAGAGGUGAAAGUUGAAUUGCCCAGUGUUGAAAUUGAGGGACCAUCCAUAGAAGGGAGGGUAGAUGUACCAGAUGUGGAUUCUAAAGAAGUGGACUUGAAAGUGAAAAAGCCAAGGAUAUCUUUCCCCAAGUUUGGAUUUUCGAAACCAGAUGUUAAGGUACCUGAGAUUGAUGUCAAUUUCCCAAAGGGAGAGAUCUCCCUUACAGAAGGAAGUGUGGAGGUGAAAGGACCAGAGGUGGACAUUAAGGUUCCUGAUACUGAAAUUGAAAUAAAAGAUACGGACACUGUUGUCUCGCCAUCAAAAUUUAAACUGCCCACGUUUAAGUUCCCCAAAUUUGGUUCUCCAAAGAGUAAAGUUGAAGCUCAAGAAGAAAGUGCUGACAUCACAUCGCCAGAGAUAAAUGCUCCUUUAGGGAAAACAGAGGUGGAUGUUGGAGUGCCUGAUUUUGAAAAUGAUGUCCUAAGCAUUGAGAUUGAAAAGUCUGAAGGUACCGUCAAGUUGCCGAAAUUGAAGAUGACUAGCAUUGAUAUGUCACUUCCUAAAGGACAAAGACCUGAAAGCAAACCAGAGGGUGAAAUGUCUGCAGUGCUACCUCAAGUAAAACCUGAUGUCUCAGAGUUGGAAGCCACAGGUACAGCACUUGAAGCCAAAGUUGACAUUUCUGAUCCUGAGCCUCAUAAGCUUGAAGUAGAAACCAAAGGCUCACCAAGUAAAUUCAAACUUCCAACUUUCAAAAUGCCUAAAUUUGGAUUUUCAACAGCAAAGGUAAAAACAACAGACACAGAUGUCGACCCUGCCCUUAAAACUUCCGAUGUCACUAAUGAAGGAGCAACAAAAGAAAUUGAGGAAUCAAUUGAUGAUGGACCAUCAAAUGUCACUGAUAAAGAUAAAAAGACUGGGGAUGCUGAGGGACAACCAAAAUCAUCCAAAUUGAGUUUGUCUUCAAUUGGAGAUGUUUUCAAGGGCUUUGAUGUAGAAUUUAAUGUCCCCAAAUUAGAGGAAGUUGAAGAGUCUCUGGCGUCUCCAGGGGGAGAUGUUGCUCAUUCUGUAGAAACCCACACAACUGCAGAAAAAGAUACUACCAUGAAAUAUCAAAGCCACACAGAUCCAAGUCAGAUUCAGCUUAGUACCUCACAUCAUGCUGCUGAAGUGUCUGUUCAGGCUCCCACUAUAACCAAAGAAGCAGAGGCCAAAGACCGGUCAAAGUUUAAGUUUAGAUUUCCCAGGCUAGGAUUCACUGAGUCUUCAGAGCAAGAUGAUAAGACUGAGAGCAUCAAACUGAAUGUUGAAGAAAAGGAAAAGCCACUAGAGCCUCAAGAAGACAAAGAAAAGGAAGAUAUGAAAGAAAAAGAAGAAAAUACUGACAAAGGGAGCUGGUUUAAGUUUAAGUUUGGAAUUACGUCACCUUCUAAAACCAUUAAGGAUUCUGAGAAAGGCACAAUUCAACCAAAUGAAGGCAUUGACAAGAGUACAGAAGGUGACAUUGAGGAAGAGGAUGCUAGUUUGACCUCCUCUGUGAGAUCAUCAGAUGCCUUCGCUGAUAUUAGUUCUACAGUGAUGAGUGAACAACCUGGCCCUUUGGUUGUGUCCCCUACCAAAGUUAAAGUGAAAAUCUCUGAACCUCCUGCUAUGGUGGGUGUCAGUGAAGUUAAAGUACCCACUGACAUAAUUACCUCCACAGCAAGGACUGAACUUAUUCUUUUGGAACAUCACUUACCAGAAAAGUUUGAGACAGUCACCAUACCUGUCUCAUCUGAGGCCACUUUGACAUCUCCUGAUGAGCUAACGCAGGACACAGGAGGAGACAUACAUGUUGUAACAUCAAACAUACAAGCGACUCCAAGCAGCGAACAUGCUACGGUCAUCACAAAAUAUGAAACUCGCUCAGUUCAUCAGGCUAUGUCCAUGCAGAAGAUGACAGUAAAAGUAGGCUCUGCACAUUGGGCUGUUGAGGAAUCUGGAGAAGGGUCUGGUGAAUCCUCUGAAGAGAACGUAUUGGUGGAGAAGCACAUGGUCAAAGAGACAUCAGGUGAUGACAAAGGUGCGGUCAUUAUGAGCCAGAGAGUUACGCAAAUUGUUGGCACAACAUCUGGGGAACCCAUCUUGGAAGACACAGCCUCUGCAUUGAGAAAACUCAGAGACACGAUGCAUUCAGAGAAAAUGAGGUUUUUUGAAGGUGCAGAAACAUCUACAGUUACUGUCAGCACUCAGAAGAUUGAAAAACAUGUGUUUGAAUCCUCCACUGAAAAGGAAAGUGUGUGAGGUGAAAUUAGUAGACAGUGUACAGCCAUCUUACCAUUUAUACCAUACUGUACUCACUUAUUUUAUCUUUUUUAUGGUCAGUUAUGCACUUAAACCUGCUACUAGAUUUGAGAGCUAAUAAUACACAAUAUGAAAGUUGGUUGUAUCGCUAAUUCAUACACAGCUACAUACAUUUGUUUUACUAGUCAUUAGUAAUGGAGAACGUAAAUAAUUUACAAAUCCACUGCCAAAUUAUCGGUAGAGUAUACAAGCAGGUCAAUAUUAGUUACCUAGGAGGAAAGCACUUUCUGUAUUUCUAUAUUUUGUAGAGGCACUUUGGGGUAAACAAAUUAUCUAACAGGUUUAUUAUUUGUAAUGCUUAUUAUUUAAGCUUAAACAUAUAAUAUUAAGAACUCACAAUGAUAUGGAAACUAACAUGUUGUAUCGCAAUAUACAUUGUACAAUUAUUUAAGAAGCAAUUCAAUGUGGUUAUUUAAUUGCCUAAGGUUUUGCCUGAGAUUGAUUGGUUUGGUGGUCUUAAAGCUCAAAAUGUUUACGCUUGCAAUUAUAUGGAAUAUUUAAAAAUAAAACUAACUACAAAAAAAUCAUAACAUUAAUGUUGAUAAUACUCUGCUCUGUGUAAAGUGUUAAAAUAUAUGGUGUAAAUAUACUUUCCUUAAUCAUUUGCAGCCCUCUUUAGUUCUGGCUUCUACGGUUUGUUAUGUCUUGCCUCUGUCUGAUGCAAUCAAUGUAAUUAAAAAAAUAUAUAAUAAAUUCAAAAGAUUUAAAAAUGUGAA